UGCUGCCUCGGUCGCCGCGGUCCCCGGGGAGCGGGCUCCGGCGCUCGCUCCCAUUGGCCGCCGCCGCGUCAGCUGGUGCGAUUUGCUGCUGUCGCUUUUGGCGUUCGGCCAUCCAGAAACAAACCAGUUCGAUGACUACUAAUAGUUAUAGCCAGAUGUACUAAUACACAACAAAUCACAGUCCUGCAGAGGGGCGCGCAAAUGAGUUCCUAUUUUGUGAAUCCCACUUUCCCCGGGAGCCUGCCCAGCGGCCAGGACUCCUUCUUGGGCCAGCUGCCCCUCUACCCGGCCGGCUAUGACGCGCUGAGGCCCUUCCCGGCCUCGUACGGGGCGUCGAGCCUCCCGGACAAGACGUACACCUCACCUUGUUUCUACCAACAGUCCAACUCGGUCCUGGCCUGCAACCGGGCGUCCUACGAGUACGGGGCCUCAUGUUUCUAUUCUGAUAAGGACCUCAGUGGUGCCUCGCCCUCGGGCAGUGGCAAGCAAAGGGGCCCCGGGGACUACCUGCACUUUUCUCCCGAGCAGCAGUACAAACCCGACAGCAACAGCGUGCCGGGCAAAGCCCUCCAUGACGAAGGCACCGACCGGAAGUACACGAGUCCUGUUUACCCCUGGAUGCAGCGGAUGAACUCCUGCGCGGGUGCUGUGUACGGGAGUCACGGGCGCCGAGGCCGCCAGACCUACACGCGCUACCAGACGCUGGAGCUGGAGAAGGAGUUCCACUUCAACCGCUACCUGACGCGGCGCCGCCGCAUCGAGAUCGCCAACGCGCUCUGCCUCACCGAGCGCCAGAUCAAGAUCUGGUUCCAGAACCGCCGCAUGAAGUGGAAAAAGGAAAAUAAACUCAUCAAUUCCACACAACCCAGCGGGGAGGACGCUGAGGCAAAAGCGGGCGAGUAGACGC